ACAGACAAACACAUAUCAAGGACCAACCAGUAUUUCUCAGACUCUGAGGCUUGCAGAAUUCACAAAUUGAGAUCUGGCAUCAUUUUCAGAGAAAGACCUUCAGUAAUGUGAUUAGCCUAAGUAGCAGAUGCUUAACUAUUCUGAUUUAAUGGAACUAUAUAAAAAAUAAAAAAGAAUCUGAAUUGAUUGGGCAGAGACUGAAAGGGAGGAAAAACAAGUUUCCAUUAGUUGCUGAAUGGAUAUAACCUUCUGUAAUGGAAGAUGAUUGAAGAUAAGGGGCCUCGUGUUGCUGACUACUUCGUUGUAGCAGGAUUAACCGAUGUUUCAAAGCCUUUUGAAGAAGAAAUUCACUUCAAUGAUGCCUGUCAUAAAGUUGCUAAACCAAAAGAACCUAUCACAGAUGUUUCAGUUAUUAUUAAAUCUCUUGGUGAGGAAGUGCCACGGGAUUACAUGUGUAUUGAUGUUACUCCAUCUGGAUUGUCAGCUGACCUCAGUAAUGGAAGUCUUGUAGGACCACAGAUUUACCUUUGCUAUAGAAGAGGAAGAGAUAAGCCUCCACUUACAGAUCUGGGGGUUUUAUAUGACUGGAAGGAAAGAUUGAAACAGGGGUGUGAAAUUAUUCAGAGUACUCCCUAUGGACGCCCUGCAAAUAUUAGCGGCAGUACCUCCUCACAAAAAAUUUAUAUCACUUACCGAAGAGCCUCUGAAAACAUGACUCAGAAUACGUUGGCUGUCACAGACAUAUGUAUUAUUAUACCCAGUAAAGGAGAAAGUCCACCACACACAUUCUGCAAAGUUGACAAGAAUCUCAAUAAUAGUAUGUGGGGAUCAGCAGUAUACUUAUGUUAUAAAAAAUCAGUGGCAAAAACUAACACGAUAUCUUACAAAGCUGGUCUGAUUUGUAGAUAUCCUCAAGAAGAUUAUGAGUCAUUCUCACUUCCAGAAUCUGUUCCCCUAUUUUGUUUACCAAUGGGUGCAACAAUUGAAUGUUGGCCAUCAAACAGCAAAUACCCGCUCCCUGUAUUUUCUACAUUUGUGUUAACUGGAGCCUCAGCUGAAAAGGUCUAUGGUGCUGCUAUUCAGUUUUAUGAACCAUAUCCUGAGGAGAAUCUCACAGAAAAACAGAGACUUCUUUUGGGUUUAGCAAAAUCAGCAGAUGGGAAGUCUGAUGGUUCCAAAACAGUUCACACUAAUAAAUGCAUCUGUCUUCUUUCUCACUGGCCUUUUUUUGAUGCAUUCAGAAAGUUUCUGACUUUUUUGUAUCGUUAUUCCAUCUCUGGACCUCAUGUCCUUCCAAUUGAGAAGCAUAUUUCUCAUUUUAUGCACAAGGUUCCUUUUCCAUCUCCUCAGAGACCACGGAUUUUAGUUCAGUUAUCGCCACAUGAUAAUCUGAUCCUCAGUCAGCCUGUUUCUUCACCUCUUCCAUUAAGUGGUGGCAAGUUUUCAACACUACUUCAGAAUUUAGGCCCUGAAAAUGCUGUGACACUACUGGUGUUUGCAGUAACAGAACAUAAGAUUCUCAUUCAUUCCUUACGGCCUUCUGUGCUUACUAGUGUGACAGAAGCAUUAGUGUCUAUGAUAUUCCCUUUCCACUGGCCAUGCCCAUAUGUUCCUCUCUGCCCACUGGCUUUAGCCGAUGUCUUGAGUGCACCAUGUCCGUUCAUAGUAGGAAUUGAUUCAAGAUACUUUGAUCUCUAUGAUCCUCCACCAGAUGUUAGUUGUGUUGACUUGGAUACCAACACCAUUUCUCAAACUGGUGACAAGAAAAAUGUGGCCUGGAAGAUACUUCCAAAGAAACCAUGUAAAAAUCUGAUGAACACACUGAAUAAUUUGCACCAGCAACUGGCAAAAUUGCAGCAGAGACCAAGAGAUGAUGGACUGAUGGAUUUAGCAAUGAAUGACUAUGAUUUUAAUUAUGGAAAGAGGUUGCACAUGAUAGAUUUGGAAAUCCAAGAGGCAUUUUUGUGUUUCAUGGCCUCUAUUUUAAAAGGUUAUCGAUCAUACUUAAGACCAAUCACACAAGCCCCAUCUGAGACAGCCACAGAUGCAAGUUCUCUUUUUGCUCUACAAGCUUUCUUAAGAAGCCGGGACCGAUCACAUCAAAAAUUCUAUAACAUGAUGACCAAAACACAAAUGUUUAUUCGCUUCAUUGAGGAAUGUUCUUUUGUCAGUGAUAAAGAUGCAAGCCUGGCAUUUUUUGAUGAUUGUGUAGAUAAAGUGGAUAUGGACAAAAGUGGUGAAAUGCGGCUUAUAGAACUGGAUGAAUCUUUCAAAAGUGAACAUACUGUUUUUGUAACACCACCUGAGAUCCCCCAUCUACCCAAUGGUGAAGAACCCCCUUUACAGUACAGCUAUAAUGGAUUUCCAGUUCUUAGGAACAAUUUGUUUGAGAGACCUGAAGGAUUUCUACAAACACAAAAGAGCAAAUUGCCUUCAAAAUCAAGUAGUCCUAGUAGCCCUUCUCCCAUGUUCAGAAGAACAAAACAGGAAAUUAAAUCAGCCCAUAAAAUUGCCAAGCGGUAUUCUUCCAUUCCUCAGAUGUGGUCUAGGUGUCUACUACGGCACUGUUACGGACUAUGGUUUAUUUGUCUCCCAGCCUAUGUGAGAGUAUGUCAUUCAAAAGUCAGAGCUCUGAAAACAGCAUAUGAUGUGCUUAAAAAAAUGCAGUCAAAGAAGAUGGAUCCACCUGAUGAGGUGUGCUACCGUAUUCUUAUGCAGCUCUGUGGACAAUAUGAUCAGCCAGUACUUGCAAUUCGAGUGCUUUUUGAAAUGCAGAAAGCUGGUAUUGACCCCAAUGCCAUUACAUAUGGUUAUUAUAAUAAGGCUGUUUUAGAAAGUACCUGGCCUUCACGGAGUCAUAAUGGCUAUUAUCUUUGGACAAAAUUAAGAAACGUUGUUUUAGGAGUAGCACAGUUCAAAAGAGCUUUAAAGAAACAUGCACAUUUAUCACAAACAACUCUCUCAGGUGGCCAGUCUGAUCUUGGAUAUAAUUCAUUAUCUAAAGAUGAAGUUAGAAGAGGAGAUAUAUCUGCUGAAGACAUUCAAGAAGAAAAAGAUAAGAAAGAGAGUGAUUCUAGUUCUUUGUCAGAGAGUGAGAGUGCAAAAGGAAGUGCUGAUUGUCUUCCUACGCUCAAUUACCAAAGUUCUUCCAAUAUAGUUCGCCUCAGUGGUACAAAUAACAACAGUGCUGAUAAAAUAUCAGGAGAAAGUACAGAAAGCACAUCUGAGCCACUCUUAAUAUCACCUUUUGAGGAUACAAAUGAAACAGGAAACGUUCAAAGUAGUUGCUUCAGGAAAAGAUACAAAAAUGGCAGUGAACCUGAUUUGCAGCAGCAAAUGUCCUGGGGAAAUAGAAACCGCAAUCAUAGUGGAGGAGUUGUGAUGGGACUUAGGCUCAACAGAAUUAACCAGGAAGCAAACCCUGGAGAUAUGGUUGAAAAACUAGGAGCUGAUGCAAAAAUUCUUUCACAUGUUAUCUCAAAAAGCACAAGACCAAAUAGUCUUGAUAUUGGAAGACCAUCUUUAAGAUCAAAAAGAGACAGUCUAGAAAGGGAAUUUAGUGAUGAUGAUACACCUUUUGAUGGUUCUAAUUGUUUGACAGAUAAAGUGGAUUCUCCAGUUAUUUUUGACUUAGAAGACUUAGACAAUGAAACCUAUGGGUCAAAAAUGGGAUGUGUUGCCACACAAAAUCCCAAAAGGAUUCAACGUAUGAACAGCAGCUUUUCAGUAAAACCUUUUGAAAAAACUGACGUUGCAACAGGAUUUGAUCCCCUCUCUCUUUUGGUUGCUGAGACUGAGCAGCAGCAAAAAGAGGAGGAGGAAGAAGAUGAAGAUGAUAGCAAAAGCAUUUCUACACCAUCUGCUAAGCGUGAUUUAGCUGAAGAAAUUGUGAUGUAUAUGAAUAACAUGACCAGUCCUUUGACUAGUCGGACACCAAGCAUUGACUUACAAGGGGCAUAUGAUGAAAAAUUAACCGAUAAGAAAAGUCCAAUAUUGGUCAAGGCAUGUAGAAGAUCUAGCCUGCCUCCUAAUUCUCCUAGGCCAAUGAGACUUACCAAAUCUAAAAGUUAUACAAAAAGUGAAGACAGACCAAGGGAUAGACUCUGGUCUUCUCCAGCCUUCUCACCUACUUGCCCAUUUAGGGAAGAAUCUCAAGAUGCAGUAACCCAUUCAUCACCUUCAUUUAAUUUAGAUACACUACUAGUACCAAAACUAGAUGUUCUAAGGAAUAGUAUGUUCACCGCUGGAAAAGGAGUAGCAGAGAAAGCAAGCAAAUGGUAUUCAAGAUUCACCAUGUAUACAUCAUCUAAGGAUCAAAGUUCUGAUCGUACCAGUCUUUCUUCAGUGGGAGCCCAGGAUUCUGAAUCUACCUCUUUAACAGAUGAAGAUCCCUGCCCCGAGUUGGAAGGAGCCACUUCCUCCCAAGAGUGCAGUGCCACCACAGGGACUAAGGGAAUUGGUUUCAGCAGAACAAGCCUAGGAAGUUCUGCCUCCCUAGAAGGAUCCCUUUCAAAGUUUGCCUUACCUGGGAAAUCAGAGAUGGCAUCUUCCUGCAACACGAGUAAUACAAAUAUCUUCCAGAACUAUGCAAUGGAGGUUCUCAUCUCGAGUUGCUCUCGGUGUAGAACCUGUGAUUGUCUUGUCCAUGAUGAGGAAAUCAUGGCUGGCUGGACAGCAGAUGAUUCAAAUCUCAAUACUACAUGCCCAUUUUGUGGCAAUCUUUUCUUGCCCUUUUUGAAUAUCGAGAUUAGAGAUUUAAGACGACCUGGAAGAUACUUUUUGAAGUCAAGUCCAUCUACAGAAAAUAUGCAUUUUCCAUCCUCCUUUUCCAGUCAGACAAGGCAGUCUUGUAUCUCGACAUCAGCCUCUGGUCUUAACACAUCUGUUGUCUCUGUUCAAGGGAAUUUUGAUUUAAAUAGCAAAUCUAAACAGCUGGAAAAUACAUAUGCCCGAAGUAUUCAGAUCCCUACUGAUAGAUCAAAAACAGCUAUAUCAAAAUGUCCAAUAUUUCCAAUGGCCAGGAGUGUCAGUACUUCCGGUCCCUUGGAUCAGGAAGACACUGGAGGACAGAAGCUCAUUCCUACUGGCAGCCUGCCAACUACUCUGCAAGGAGCUACAGAUUCUUUAGGAUUAGAAUGGCACCUCCCAAGUCCAGAUCCUAUCACUGUCCCAUAUCUUAGUCCUUUAGUGGUAUGGAAGGAACUUGAAAGCUUAUUGGAAAAUGAAGGAGAUCAUGCAAUAACAGUGGCAGACUUUGUGGAUCACCAUCCAAUUGUUUUUUGGAACCUCGUGUGGUAUUUUAGACGUCUUGAUUUACCCAGUAACUUACCUGGAUUGAUUCUUUCUUCUGAGCAUUGUAACAAGUAUUCAAAGAUUCCCCGUCACUGUAUGUCUGAAGAUAGUAAAUAUGUUUUAAUACAAAUGUUAUGGGACAAUAUGAAAUUACAUCAGGAUCCGGGACAACCCUUGUACAUCCUCUGGAAUGCCCACACCCAAAAGUAUCCAGUGGUCCAUUUAUUGAAAAAAGGUGAUAAUUCAUUUAGCCAAGAACUAUUGAAAAACAUGGUAAAAAGCAUUAAAAUGAAUGAUGUCUAUGGACCAAUGAGUCAGAUUUUAGAGACGCUGAAUAAAUGUCCUCAUUUUAAAAGACAGAGGAGUUUAUACAGAGAAAUACUAUUUCUCUCACUUGUGGCACUGGGAAGAGAAAACAUUGAUAUAGAUGUAUUUGAUAAAGAAUACAAGAUGGCUUACGAUCGUCUCACACCUAGUCAAGUUAAAAGUACACACAACUGUGAUAGACCGCCAAGUACAGGGGUGAUGGAAUGUCGAAAAACCUUUGGAGAACCUUAUCUUUAAGAAGUGUGUGUGUGUGUGCGUGUGUGUGUGUGUGUGUGCACUUUCAAUAUGUAUUGUAUAAUCAGUGUAUAAAAUAAUAAUUUUAGACUCUAAACUUUUUUUCUUCAAUUUUUGAAAAUGAAUUUGUAAAUGGUUCAGAAUGUCCAUAUAACUUAUGUACAGAAUGUUUUACGAAGAGAAUAGUGACAAGUGGGGAGAGGCCACUUUGUUUCCCAUUUCCUUUUUUUCCUCUUUACUUUCCCUGUAACAAGCAAUUAUUUUUAUGAUGAGGAAAUCCUUAAACAAAAUUAGUUUCCAUAAUAUAAAAUAACCAUUUUAUGGUUUCUCUUGGAAGAGACAGGUUGAAAACUCAUGUAUGGAACUUGAACUAAUGUAGGGUCAGAGUAUCUCCUGUUUUCAUAGACUAGUCAAAUGUUUUGACCAUGAAGUUGUAUUAUACAUAUUUUAAAUUGUUUAUAGUAAGUUGAUAUUUUUAAAAUUUUUAAACUUAAUAUAGCAAACUUAAAAUGAACUUAAACU